ACUUUUUCGACCGUUACCGCACCAGUCGAUAGGUACCACAGUCGCGGUAUACGCACUGCGAUAAACCGUUCCUCCGCGGGGUGACCGAGACGGGACCACUUCAUACGGCGCCCAGCCGGUAAUAAUAUCCUAGUCAUCGUUUUCGCGUUCAUCGCGCACCAGUGUUUUUCCAGCGCUUUUCUCGAACGUCGCAAUCCGUCUGCUCACCACACUGAUCGUAAGAAUAUAUCCGAUUUGUGAUCGGUGAUCCGGUUGAUGCGCGAAGGAAGGGGACCACCAAUCGGAGCCGGCUAUGUCAUCUGAGGAGGACGGCGGCAACGGCGGUUCUACGGCAGUGGCGGGGGGAGCCGAGUGUUUCGUUAGCGGCAGCGGCGGCGGCGGCAGCGGUGGUGGGGAUUCGUUGGACGGGUCCACCGACAAACUGUUGAAGAACAAGGCGAAGCGAAGCAGACAGCGCGUGGAUGCCGGCGAGCCGCGUAACAGUUACUCUUCAAUACCGAAUUUCAGUUCGCGACCGAUCGUGUCCUCGGCACCACUACUCAAUCAGGCCGCCAAUUUCUACGGAGCUUUCUUUGGCCAAGGCCACCACCAACAGUACUUCUUUAACCAGGGCUUUGCGCCCGGUAAAAUGCUAAACGAGUUCAUCGGCCGUCAAGUCAAAGAAGAAAUGAUGACCAUGGACUCGGCGGAUUGCAUGACACAACCGCUGCCCGGCCUGCCGAAUUCACAUGCUACCGGCCCCAACAGUGAGCUGGCCCAUCACAUGCUCCGGGACAUAUUGCAGGGCAGGAAGAAGGAGUUCCUGGCUCUGGAACAGGAAUUCCGCCACUCCGACGAUCCGUCGUCACCGGACAACAACAUCAUGAACAACAACAACAACAUCAACAACAACAAAAACGACGUCAGCAUGGACGAUUGUACCAGCGCCGCUUCUAAGGAGCCCAUGGAAAUCGUCGACGGAUGCAACAAACCGAUCGAGCCCUCCGAGGUAAGCUCUAUUAAUAAUAAUAACAAUAUGAUGAACAACCACGACGUGGAUGAUCUGAACGAGGGUAGUGAUUCCGAGAGAUCUUUGGGGUCACCGGUAUCCGAUACUAAAGAAAUCACCGCAGAAGAACAGAGCAAAGAUUCCGAAGUGAAAGUUGAACAGAACGAGUUGAAAAAAGCCAGAGUAGAAAAUAUAGUGUCUACCAUGAGAUCCAGCCCGUCACUGCCCGUACAGGUGAACGGUUGUAAAAAACGUAAAUUAUACCACCCUCAACAACACGAUAACAGCGAACGAUACAAUACGAUUGACGGAGACGACGACGAUGAUGACGACGAAGAGUUAAGUCCAAACGAACUCAGACAGAAAAUGGUCGAGAAAAAUGUUUUAAAAAAUCAACUACGCACCAUGCAAGAACAGUUGGCGGAAAUGCAACAGAAAUAUGUUCAACUGUGUACCAGAAUGGAUAACGACGACGAGCCAGAAGACGUUAGUGACACGGAACCGGAGCAGGCGGAUGUUCCAGCGGCGCGGCAACACAGUCCUCCCGCAGCACCUAAGUCGACUACGCCACCGCCGAUGCCAUCGUCUCCUCAAAUAAAUCCAAAUUUUUCGAAAAUGGUCAAAUUCUUACCGCAAACACAUAUGCCCAUCCACCCAUCGUUCAACGGGGCCUUGACACUACUACAGCAGCAAGUGCUCCAGGAACAGCACAACACUCACAGUCAGCACCACGCUAUCAACAAUGCAGCGGCCAUGUAUCUAGGAGUCAGCCACAAACUGUUCAUGGAACAGGAAGCCAGAAUGGCCAAAGAAGCUGCGAUAGCAGCCGAACAACAGCAACAACAACAGCAACAGCAGCAGCAACAGCAACAGCAACAGCAGCAGCAGCAACAACAACAACAACAACAACAACAACAACAACAACAACAGCAACAGCAACACGGUAUCCACCACCAACAACAUUUAAACGCGCACCAAAUGAACGUAAUGGCCAACACGCCACCGUCGAUCCACCCGCAGAAAGCAGCGGCGGCAGAAACGCCGGACAAAAUAGCCGCUGCGCCCACCAGUUCGGGUCGACAGACUUCAGCCGUGCCGCCGCCGUUCCCCGACUUGGAAAUGUUAGCGGACGCGCUUAAAUCUGAAAUAUCCACCACGCUCACGGGGCUUAUCGACACGAUAAUGGCGAAGUUCGCACAACAGCGCAAGCAGUCUUCGAAGCUCGCCGACUCGGAGCUACUGAUGAAGGACGUGGAUCGCAAGUCGCCCAGGACAAAGGUGAUCGACCGCGGUAGCCACGGCGGCGACAGGAGCACGAGCCUAGCCAAUGGGUUGCCGAAAAUGUUGAACGGCAACAUCUACGGCGGUGGAGUCGGUUCGAACCCGGCUGGCAACGGCAACGGUCUACUGCCCAACGGGCCAGCCGAUAUGCGAAACGGGCUGGUGAACACAACGUGCGGCUUCAACGGUACGGACGCCACGGUUCUCGGCCACGUCCGGGGUCCUCAAAUGUUCACGCCCAAGGUGCACGGCUCGGCCGGCCUCAGUAACGCGGCUGCAGCGGCCGCGCUGUACUCGUCCAUGAGCGGGCUACCAUCGCAUCUCAACCCAUUCUGCAUGGAUCGCGAACCGGCUCCGGAACAGGCCGAGGCCCUCAGUCUGGUAGUCGUACCAAAGAAGAAACGGCACAAGGUCACCGACACUCGGAUCACGCCACGCACCGUCAGCCGGAUACUGGCCCAGGAUUCCAUGAACAAUAACAACAACAAUAGCAACAGUAAUAACAACAACAUUAACAAUAACCACAGUAGCAGCAACAACAAUAACAACAAUUCCGUGGACACCAGGGUACCGGGAAACUUGGGUGGUGCGGCGGCCGCAAUCCUGCAGCAGUCCAUGCCUUGUUCCGCGGCCGACGAUUCGUCUCCGCCGUCACAGCAAAGAGUUUUCCAUCAGCAGUCACCGGUCGCACCACCCCAACCACCGCCACCAAUGCUGCCAGUGUCGUUGCCCACUUCAGUGGCCAUACCUAACCCCAGCCUGCACGAGUCCCAAGUGUUUAGCCCUUACAGCCCUUUCUACACCAGCCAACACCAAGGCGGACCGCAUCACAUCCCAUCGUCCAGCCCACCGGGUAUGUCUGACUCACCACCCCCGCCACCACAGCAUCACCACGGCUCAUUGCUUCAUCCUGCCCUGUUGGCUGCUGCUCAACAUCACAACUCGUCACCGGACCUGAUGAACAUGAAAGCCCGUAUCGACAUGUCCAUGGGCAACGGUGGCAACGACAGCGUCGACCGCAUAUCGGAGUGCAACUCCGGAGACGGUCCUUACGACGGAAUGUCGCCUAUAUCGUCAACUCUGACACCCAUGCACUUGCGAAAAGCCAAACUGAUGUUCUUCUGGGUCCGAUACCCCAGCUCGGCCAUUCUGAAGAUGUACUUCCCCGACAUCAAGUUCAACAAGAACAACACCGCACAAUUAGUCAAAUGGUUCUCGAAUUUCAGAGAGUUCUAUUACAUUCAAAUGGAAAAAUAUGCACGACAAGCCGUUAGCGAGGGCUUGCAAAGAUCCGAAGACAUACACGUGAGCAAAGACAGCGAAAUCUACAGGGUUCUCAAUUUGCACUACAAUCGUAAUAAUCACAUCGAGGCUCCUAGCAAUUUUGAAUAUGUAGUCCAACAGACGUUACGCGAAUUUUUCGUGUCCAUCCAAAACGGUAAGGAUACGGAACAAUCGUGGAAGAAGUCCAUAUACAAAGUGAUUUCUCGCAUGGACGAUACCGUUCCGGAGUACUUCAGGUCUCCGAACUUCCUCGAUCAACUCGAAUAAACAGUAUAUAUAUAUAUAUAUAUAUAUAUAUAUAUAUUUACAUAUAUACAUGUAUAUAUAUAUUUGACAUCGCGUCUGUAAACUGUGCUUUUUUAUGUACAAUUAUUAUCG